AUGUUGAGCAGUCCGAGGGGUGUCGUGGUUCUGCGGAGCCUCCUGCUCUGCAUUGCGACUCUUCUUCUGUUCAACCCCUCCCCAACCCACGCCUCCAACGACACGUUAUUAUGGGGUCCUUACCGACCGAAUCUCUACUUUGGCGUCCGGCCGCGGCUCCCGAACAGUUUGCUGACGGGCCUGCUGUGGGCCAAUACCGACAGCUAUGCCUCUACCCAGCAGAAUUUCCGUCAUACUUGCGAGCAACAUGAGGGCAUGGCGGGAUAUGGUUGGGAAGAGUAUGAUGCGCGAAAUGGCGGACGACAAGUCAUUCAUGACACGGGGAACAAGAUCGAUCUGACCAUUGACUUCGUCAAAGUGCCAGGAGGACAACACGGCGGAAGCUGGGCUGCAAGAAUAAAGGGCACGCCGCGAGAAGAUGCGCCAGACAAUGUGGUCACCACCUUGGUAUUCUAUGCUGGCAUGGAAGGACUCGGUGAGCUGGGCUUCAAAGACACGGACGAAGCACGCGACACAGUAACCCUACAUGGCGAGACAGCCGACUUAGGGUCGUUUGACAUCUACUUUGGCGACCCCUUGGAGAAUCUCUUGCCAUACAAGACACACCCAUCGUGGGAUUUGAAGCCACUUGACAAGCCGGUCCUCAGCAGCUUACAAGUGCCGUCCGAGGCCAUCUGGCAGGCCAAGAACAUCAUCUUUGCAAGCAUGAAAGGCGAGAUCGAGGGCCUAGUACAGCAAUAUGGACAGGAGAAUAUGCCCCCUCCUUGGCAGGCUUUUACCGUCAAGCACGAUCCCCAGCCCGGGAACUUCCACAUGGUUCAGAGGACCUUUGUUGGCGGCUUUGAGACGGACAUCAUGUUUAAUUCUGCAUCGGGCCCACCAGUGACCUCCGAGACACUGACGCAAGCGAUUGCAGACUCGUCAAAGAGCUUCAAGACGAAGUUCAAGGAAGUCUUUAAGCCCCUCGCCCCAUUCACCAAAUCGGUCUACACCGACUUCUCGGAAUCCAUGUUCUCGAACUUAAUUGGCGGGAUCGGAUACUUCUAUGGCGAUUCACUCGUCGACAGGUCGUAUGCUCCGGAGUACGACGAGGACAACGAAGGCUUCUGGGAAGAGACGGCGGCGGCAAGGGCUCGUGCCGAGAUCGUCAAGGAUCCUCCCGCAGAGCUCUUCACCAGCGUCCCGUCCAGACCCUUCUUCCCGCGCGGCUUCUUGUGGGAUGAAGGCUUCCACCUGAUACCCAUUGCAGAGUGGGACCUCGAUGUCACCAUGGAUAUUGUCAAGUCGUGGUUCAAUCUGAUGGACCAGGACGGCUGGAUCGCCCGCGAGCAGAUCCUCGGUGCCGAAGCGCGCAGCAAAGUGCCCACAGAGUUCCAAGUUCAGUAUCCUCACUACGCCAACCCACCAACGCUCUUCCUCAUCAUUGAUACUCUGAUGGACAAAUGCUCCGACCCCGCAUACGCGUCGUCCAGAGACCGGAUCAUGUCCGAACUGCAACACCUCUACCCCCUGCUCAAACGCCAGUACUACUGGUUCCGACGCACCCAACACGGCGACAUCAAGUCGUACGACCGCGAAGCCUUCUCCACGAAAGAAGCCUACCGCUGGCGCGGCCGCACGCCCCAACACAUCCUCACCUCGGGCCUGGACGACUACCCGCGCCCUCAACCGCCCCAUCCAGGCGAACUGCACACGGACCUCAUCUCCUGGGUGGGCAUGAUGUCGCGCACGCUGCUCCGCCUAUCCACCCUGCUCGACGAGGCGGACGACAUCCCGGACUUUACGACCCAGCACAAAGCCCAGCUCCGCAACAUCGACGACCUGCACUGGUCCCGCGCGCACAAAUGCUACUGCGACGCCACGAUCGACGACUACGAAGACUCCAUCCACGUGUGCCAAAAGGGCUACAUCUCCAUCUUCCCCUUCAUGACGGGCCUCAUGCCGCCAGACCACAGACACCUGCCGGACAUUCUGGCAUUGCUCGGCAACGCCCAAGAACUCUGGUCCCCGCAUGGGAUCCGCUCGCUGUCCAAGUCGUCCGAGUUUUACGCCACGGACGAGAACUACUGGCGCAGCCCCAUCUGGGUCAACAUGAACUACUUGAUCCUCAAGGCCCUGCUCGACACGGCGACGGCCGCGAACGCGCCCGCGAAGGUCCAGGCCCAGGCCACGACGCUGUACACGGACUUGCGCAAAAAUCUCGUGAAUACCGUGUUUGACGAGUGGCAGAGGACGGGGUUCGCGUGGGAGCAAUAUAAUCCCGAGACGGGCGAGGGGCAGCGCACGCAGCAUUUCACGGGCUGGACGAGUUUGGUGGUUGUGAUUAUGCGCAUGCCGGAUCUGGCUGCUGGCGAGGGCAGUGUCAAGCACGGCGAGUUGUAG